AUGUCAAAACGUACAGCUGACUGUCUUCCUCCACGCUCUAGAUUCUAUUACCGCGUGCCUGAGCCAAAGAAAGAUAAAUUAGAGAACGGUGGCGAAUUGGUGAGGCCUGAGAGACCGAACUCUUUGAGCGCGGGCAAGCUCCCAAGGCGGAUAUGCUAUCAAGGCGACGCGGUUUAUGGUGUAGGCAGCGGCGGCGGCAGCGACGAGGUGAGCGCGGAAGAGCAACUGAUGCUCUCGGAGCUGCCGGAGCCGCCGAUCGCGCUGUCCGAGAUCGGGCCCAUUCCACCUCCGCCCAUGUUCAGCUCGCCUAGCCCGACGCGCCACCAUACGCACCAGAUAGCCAGUAACCUCUCCGACUCGGAAGAAGAAGACUCGCCGGAGGAGGACGAGGCGGACGCGGGCGCGGGGGGAGGAGGGGGCGCGGACACGUCCCGCGUGGAGGAGAUCCCGCCCAAGGAGCCGCUGUUCAACGCCGUGCCGCUCAAGUCGGCACUCAAGAAGCGGCCCACCGCCUCGCCCGCCGCCACGCCGCUCGCCACGCCACUCGCGCCGCGCCAGGACCACCACGCCAGCUUCAAGUCAGUACACACCACAUUGGACUCACUCUUGACCAGCCGGCCGGUGCGCGUCGGCACCGCGCUGGAGAACAAGGAGAACGCGCGGCCGUGGGAGGGCGAGCACCGCGACGAGUACGCCAGCGAGUCGGAGCGCGUGGCCGCCAAGCUGGCGCGCAAGGAGAGCCUCAACAUCAAGUUGGCGCUGCGCCCCGACCGCCAGGAGCUCAUCAACAGGAACAUUCUGGUGGUGCAAAGCGAACACGAGAGGCAGGAGUCGUGGGAGGCGAUCGGAGCGCGGCUCAUACGCCGGCUGUCCAUGCGCCCCACCGCCGAAGAGCUUGUCGAAAGAAACAUUCUUAAAAGCCAGUCUCCUGCGGAAGAAAAGAAGCAGAAAGAGGAGAAGAAGCGAUACCUGCUGCGCAAACUUAGUUUCCGACCCACGGUAGAUGAACUCAAGGAGAAGAAAAUCAUUCGAUUUAGCGAUUACAUUGAAGUCACGCAGGCGCACGACUACGACCGGCGCGCCGACAAGCCGUGGACGCGCCUGACGCCGCGCGACAAGGCCGCCAUCCGGCGCGAGCUCAACGAGUUCAAGAGCUCCGAGAUGGCCGUGCACGAGGACAGCAAGCACCUCACCAGGUUCCACAGACCAUGACGGCCGCGCCGCGGGCCGCGAGCGGCGCGCGCCUGAGCGCCGCAGCUGUGAUCUGUCGACCCUCCGCCGGAAGCCUAACGCAAUAAUUUAUACGAUGUCACGACGAACGGUAAAGUGUUAUGUAUUCUAAACUCGCGCGUCCUUCCGUUUUGUUCGCGAGUCCCGAUAGUACCUAUACAUUCUUUGAAUUGACCUUCGCGAGAGGUUAGUGAUACUUGAUGUGUGUUGAAGAUUGAGUUGUUGAUGUUCGGCGUCGUUUACGAGUCGUAACGUGUGAGAUGUGUCCCGUUUAGGACUUGUGUAGCAUUGUGAUUUUUUUUUCUUAUAUUGCUAGCUUUUACCUUAGUAGUCGUUAAGCUAGAUUCGAUUUUUAUUCGUAUUUAUUUCUGCCGAACGUUUUUUGUCACAAUUUGAUUUAAACUUCGAAUAUGCGUUUGCGUAGUUGUCGUGUUGACUAUGUGGCGUUUUAGUUUGAAAAUUCGCUCAUUUAAUGUAGAUUUUUAGGAAGUAUCCAAAAAUCUGUUGUCUUCGCGUGCAGAAACAGCUGUUUCAACUUUUUUAUCUUUACAUCGUUAUUUAGUAUUUCAAAAAUGAUUGUAGAGUCUACAAUGUAGACGAAUAAAAACAAUAAUACAAACAAUAA